AUGUCCGACGACGGUCUACUCACUCCGAUGUUGUCAAAGUCCCACAUUGAGCCGACAUGGAAGAAAACGUCGUUGCAGUCAGGUUUACGAGAGCUGAUCUCCAGUGAAGGAGAAAGGUCGACAAAUGCGAACUCUGCGGAUAUCGGCGAUAUCGAAGCGUACCGCGGCUUUUCAGGUGUUGAAGAGAUGAUUUUACAGCGACAAAACGGGCAUCGAAGAGAAUACUUCCAGUCUCUCCCGGUUCCAUGUGUCUCGCAGAUGGAACAGUGUAGAGAAAAACCAAGCGCACAUCGCCACGACAGCUACGACCAUGUAUGCUGUGUAGAGCCUGACAAAAUGCGUGUUUCCUGCUCUAAUCUCCUUUCUGCAUUGGUUCCAUAUCAUCUUGGCUCCCCAAUAGUGAGGAAACCAAUUUCCAAUGCUAAAUAUGGUGCUGAAAAACUCCUGGAUACCAAGGACACGAACAAACGGCCACUUUCCGUGGAACUGGUAGACCUCGAGAUUCUUGCUCUGGCGGUCCUUGGUGACGAUCCUCUGGCAUUGGUAGUCGCAAUUGGGGAAACAGUCCCAGCCGAUGAGCCGCAAAUCCCACGAGAGCGGCAGUUCCUGGAACAUGUGGUAUUUCUGCUGUUGAGACUUCCAACGCAGGAGCUGUUUCUCUGA